AUGGCGGCGGUGCAUGAAGAGUUUGGAGCAUUACAUAACUCAGCGGGCGAGAUGAAGAGACGCCGAGUGAAAAAGGAGGCAGUGCUGGACAAGACCCGCAAAAGCUGUUUCAUUAGCUCCGAGACCGCCUGCCUAAUGAGAAUGACAAUUCCCCAGGCUAUCACCUUAAUUGUGAAGUUAGAACGGAAUUCCAGGAUCAUCAUGACCACAAUGCAGCUGAAACUACUGCGGGGAAGAGAUGCAGGAAGGGGACACGACGUACUACUCGUACUUGAAAGAGAAGUGGACGAAUUGACCAUACUUGAAAAGAAAUAUUGGCCCCAACAGACUGUAGAUCUAGCGGAUGAAAUUUUCCUCAGCUCCUUGGGUGUGUCGGUUGUUGGAGUUGAAGAACGUCCGCCCACGGAGAUGGUGGUGCCCCAGAUCAUGGCCCCGCCACACGUGUUCGAAGGGUGA